GAGGUUAAACUGCUGCCAACAAGGAAGCGACAGCUGGAGCAACCUGUACCCGCCGCCCCGUGUCUCUGGCCCGUUCACCGCUCUACUUCACCUGUACGGCUGCCGAGAGGUUCCCGGUUUUUUUUUUAAGGCGAGCUCCAUGGAGGCGACCAGGAUGCACUCGAUGGAUCUGGAGAAGCUGAAGAUGACGGGGGCUGGCCGGGCCAUGGCCGUGCUGACGAGCGGGGGAGAUGCACAAGGGAUGAACGCAGCUGUCCGAGCUGUGACCCGGAUGGGCAUUUAUGUGGGGGCCAAGGUCUACCUGAUUAAUGAGGGCUACCAGGGCCUGGUGGACGGGGGAGAAAACAUCAAACUGGCUCACUGGCACAGUGUGACCAACAUCAUCCAACUGGGUGGGACGGUGAUCGGAAGCGCCCGGUGUAAGUCCUUCACCACCCGCGAAGGCCGGCUGGCCGCCGCCUUCAACCUGGUGAAGAAAGGCAUCACCAACCUGUGCGUGUGCGGCGGAGACGGCAGCCUCACCGGGGCCAACAUCUUCCGCAGCGAGUGGAAGGGCCUGCUGGAGGAACUCGUUCAGAAAGGGAGGAUCACGGACGACCUGGCGAAGCAGCACACCCACCUGAACAUCGUCGGCCUGGUGGGCUCCAUCGACAACGACUUCUGCGGCACCGACAUGACCAUCGGGGCCGACUCGGCGCUGCACCGCAUCAUGGAGAUAAUUGACGCCAUCAUGACCACGGCGCAGAGCCACCAGCGCACUUUUGUUCUGGAGCUCAUGGGGCGACACUGUGGGUAUCUGGCGCUGGUGUCCGCUCUGGCUUCUGGCGCAGACUGGCUCUUUAUUCCAGAGGCUCCUCCAAAGCAGGGCUGGGAGGACCGCAUGUGUGCUCGGCUGGAAUCGAGCCGCACAACGGGAUCAAGACUCAACAUCGUCAUCAUGGCGGAAGGAGCCAUCGACAUGAACGGGGAGUCCAUCUCCUCUACCUACGUUAAAGAUCUGGUGGUGAAGAGGCUGGGCUACGACACCAGAGUGACUGUUCUCGGCCACGUUCAGCGAGGAGGAACUCCCUCAGCGUUUGACAGGAUACUGAGUUGUAAGCUGGGCGUGGAGGCCGUGAUCGCUCUGAUGGAGGCCACUCCUGACACGCCGGCUUGCGUCAUCGGCCUGUCGGGUAACCACGCCGUCCGGCUGCCUCUCAUGGAGUGCGUCGAGAUGACUAAGUUGGUGCAGACGACCAUGGAUGAGAAGAAGUUCGACGAGACUAUCAAACUGCGUGGAGGGAGUUUCGAGAACAACUGGAACAUCUAUAAACUUCUUGCCUUCCAGAAACCGAACAAGAAUGCUAGCAACUUCACUUUGGCAAUCCUGAACGUGGGCGCCCCGGCUGCAGGCAUGAAUGCGGCCGUGAGAUCAGCUGUGAGGCAGGCUAUCGUGCACGGACACAAGGUGUACGCCGUCCACGAUGGAUUUCUAGGACUCGCCAAUGGAGCGCUGUUUGAGAUGAAGUGGGGCAUGGUGGCAGGAUGGACGGGUCAGGGAAGCUCGCUGCUGGGGACGAAGCGAACUCUUCCAGGUAAAAACAUGGAGAAGAUUGUAGAAACCAUCACCAAGUACAACAUCUCAGCUCUGCUGGUCAUCGGAGGGUUCGAGGGUUACAACGGUGUGCUGCAGCUGUUUGAAGCCCGCUCUCACUACGACGAGCUCUGCAUCCCCAUGUGCGUUAUCCCCGCCACCAUCAGCAACAACGUGCCUGGAACGGACUUCUCCAUCGGGGCAGACACUGCUGUCAACUCUGCUAUGGAGGGUUGUGACAAAAUCAAGCAGUCGGCCUCAGGAACCAAGAGGCGAGUGUUUGUGGUGGAGACAAUGGGCGGGUACUGCGGCUACCUGGCAACCUGCACCGGCAUCGCGGUGGGCGCUGAUGCAGCUUACAUCUAUGAAGAGCCCUUUAACAUUCAUGACCUCAAGACCAAUGUGGAGCAUUUGGCUGAAAAGAUGAAGAAGGACAUCCAGCGAGGUCUAGUGCUGAGGAACGAAAACUGCCAUGAGAACUACACAACGGACUUCAUCCACAGGCUGUAUUCAGCGGAGGGGAAAGGGAUCUUUGACAGCAGAGUCAAUGUCUUGGGACACCUUCAACAGGGAGGGGCGCCUUCUCCCUUUGACAGGAAUUUUGGCACCAAGAUGGGAGUGAGGGCGAUCCAGUGGCUUUCAGAGAAGCUGACUGAGAACUACCGACAAGGCCGUGUGUUCGCUAACUCGGCAGACACAGCGUGUGUGCUCGGCCUCAAGAGGAAGGUCGUCUCUUUCACCCCGGUCUCUGAACUUAAGGAUGCGACUGAUUUCGAGCACCGGAUGCCCAAAGUCCAGUGGUGGAUGAACCUGCGGCCCUUGCUCAAAAUGUUGGCCAAGUACCAGACCAGCUUCUGCGAAUACGUUCCAGGAGAGAUCGAACACGUGACCCGACGCUCCAUCAGCAUCGACUCCGGAUUCUAAGUGUCUCCAAGCAACAGCAUGCGCCACACUUUGUAACCCUUAUCCUUCCAUCCAUCGCUUCAGAGAUUAGGCUGCAUAUUUGAUAACAGGUCAUUGUAGUGAUAGUAUAUUAAAUCAUGUUUAAAAAAAGUUAUUUCAAGUGUUAAUGAAUGUAUCAUUCAAAACAGAAAUGCAUUUGCUUCAAUCACUAGUAUUAAGUUCACAUUUUACAGAUGUGCUAUGAAUUUAUCACUAACAUGCAUGUGGAGUGUGUAUGAAUUGUUGUGUUAAAAAAAAAGAGUCUGAGCCAGAAAUAACGUGAAUGCGAUCUUUUUAUUAACACCUGCCAUUCACAAGAAAAAAUCAAACUACUCAGUGAAUGCAAGAGUCUGGCUGUCAGUUUGAAACAUUCUAUAAAUACCUAAAAGUCUUAAAGUCGGAUUGUGAUUCUGUGACUCGAUGGACCGGCGUGGUGU